AUUUUACUAUAAAUAUAGUUCGAAGCAUUCGGUUGAAAAUAUUACAGCCCUGAAAUAGCUACUUCCAAGGUGAAAUGGAAAGAAGAGUUGCAAUUAUAGGGGCAGGAACCAGUGGCCUUGUAGCCUGCAAAUACCUUCUGCAGUAUGGAUAUCACCCAACUGUGUUUGAAGCUGAUGAUGGCGUUGGAGGGCUAUGGAGGCAUACUAUGGACUCCACCAAGCUCCAAAACAAUAAACAAAUGUACCAGUUUAUGGAUUUUCCAUGGCCUUCUUCAGUAAAAGAAGAUAAUCCAAGUCACAACCAAGUGCUAGAUUAUCUUAACUCCUAUGCUCAACAUUUUUCCCUCAUUCCUCACAUCAGAUUCAACUCCAAAGUCAUUGAUAUAGAUUAUGUUGGAGGAGAGUCUACUGAAGAAAUUAAGUCAUGGGAAUUGUGGGGUGGUAAGGGCAAGCCCUUUUGCUCCAAGGGAACUUGGCAUGUUACAGUGCAAAAUACCAAGACUUUAUCUGCAGAGGUACACAAGGCUGAGUUUGUUGUUCUUUGCAUCGGAAAAUACAGUGGUCUUCCAAACAUUCCUGAAUUCCCACCGGGACAAGGACCAGAAGUUUUUGAUGGCAAAGUUAUGCACUCCAUGGACUACUCCAAUCUGGACAAUGACACUGCUGCUGAAUUGAUAAAAAGAAAAAGAGUCACAAUAAUUGGCUCACAAAAGUCUGCUAUGGAUCUUGCAGCUGAAUGUGCUAAUGCAAAUGGAGUCAAAUACCCCUGCACAAUUAUCCAGAGGAACGCACACUGGUUUCUUCCAGAUUUUAACGUUUGGGGAGUUAUUGCUGGAUUUUUAUACUUAAAUCGUUUUGCAGAGCUUUCAGUUCACAAGCCAGGAGAACCAUUUUUUCUUGGUCUUCUGGCCACUUUACUUUCACCAUUGAGAUGGGGAAUCUCUAAAGUUGUUGAAGCUACUCUGAAAUGGAAGUUGCCAUUGAAGAAGUACGGAUUGAUACCAAACCACAGCUUCUUUCAAGACCUCUCCACAUGUCUGAUUGCAGUGUUUCCAGAUAAAUUCUUUGACAGACUCAAAGAAGGAUCUAUCAUCAUAAAGAAAUCACAAAGCUUUAGCUUCUGCAGUGAAGGUGUAAUCCUUGAUGGAGAAGCUAAACCUCUGGAAACAGAUAUAGUAAUUUUUGCCACUGGAUACAGAGGUGACCAGAAAAUAAGAAACAUGUUCAAAUCUACAAUCUUCCAAAAUCACAUAGCUCUGCCACCAACCUCCUCAACAGUUCCUCUCUACAGACAAAUAAUCCACCCUCGGAUUCCACAGUUGGCAAUAAUAGGAUAUGCAGAGAGUCUGUCAAACAUUUUUUCCUCAGAAAUGAAAAGCUUGUGGGUGGCUAAUUUCUUGGAUGGAAACAUUGAACUUCCUAAUAUAAGAGAGAUGGAGAAAGAGGCGAAACUGUGGGAAGAAAACUUGAAGCAAUAUGGUGGAACAUAUUUUUGGAAAACGUGCAUUGCUAAUUGUGCAAUUUGGUAUCACGAUCAACUCUGCAAAGACAUGAAGCAUAAUCCCAGAAGGAAGAAAGGUUUUCUUAGAGAACUGUUUGAACCUUAUGGUCACGCUGAUUAUGUAGCUCUUACUCAUAAAUAAAACAAUAUUAAAGUGGUAUUAAUAAUCAUUUUAAUGUAAGCAUUAACGUGCACCUCUUAAAUUUAGUAAUAAAUAGCAACAAUUUUUGUUGUUGUGCUGCAACUUAAUCA